CCCAGUGUCUAACCACUAUCCCCUCAGUGUCCACCCCGUGUCCAACCACUGUUCACCCAGUCUUUAAUCAGUGUCCAACCAAAGUCCACCUACUGUCCCCCCACUGUCCACCCAGUGUUCACCCAGUGUCCAAACAUUAAUAAAGUAUCGCUCUAAAAUGAGCCACUGGUUCUUUAAUGUCAGCAGAAAUUCAGUACAGUUCAGACGGAAGAAACUGUGGUUCAGUCAACAAACAAUCGCCCCGACCGCUACACCUGCUUCCACGCGUUGGCCAGUGGGAGGUGACCAGCUUAGGUGGGAGCAAUUCAUGUGUUUUUGAGCAGCUGGUGUUGUGUCAGUUGUCAUGUCUCAACAUCUGUCUGACUGUCACGUCUUCGGACAAGGGAGUGUGGGCAGGUCUGGCUGAUGACUCUGCAAACUUCAGUAUGAAUAAAAGGGAAGCAAGAGCAAAGGGCUGAAAGGAGCAGACGACCGCUGCUGAGGCCUUCAUCAUGGGGGAGUGGUCCUUCCUGUCUGAACUGCUGGACAAGGUGCAGUCCCACUCCACUAUAGUGGGGAAGGUGUGGAUGUCUGUCCUGUUCCUCUUCAGGGUCUUCAUCCUGGCUGCUGGCAUCGAUAGAAUAUGGGGAGAUGAACAGUCCAACAUGGACUGUAACACCAGAAGCAUCGGCUGCAAGAACGCCUGCUACGACCACUUCUUCCCUGUGUCGCACACUCGUUUCUGGGUGCUACAGAUCCUCAUCGUCUCCACGCCAACCCUCAUCUACCUGGGCCACGUGUUGCUAGUGAUCCGUAAGGAGAACAAGCUGCGGAGACGCCUGGAGCAGAAGCUUGGUAAGGACGGCAUGGUCAAAGCUCCUAAGUAUUCAGAUGAACAUGGCAAAGUGCAGCUGAAGGGAGCCCUGCUGUGCAGCUACAUGACACAGCUGCUGUUCAGGAUCCUGCUGGAAGUGGCCUUCAUCCUGGGCCAGUACUACAUCUACGGCUACAUAUUCAUGCCGGAUAACAUUUUUUAUGACCAGUACCCCUGUGCCCCACAACCAGUCACAUGCUACAUAAGUCGUCCCACAGAGAAAACCAUCUUCAUUGGAUUCAUGUUGGGCAUGUCCGUGUUCUCCAUCUUCCUCAACAUCGUGGAGAUCUUCCACCUGACGAUCUCCAAGAUGAAAGACAGUAGGGUGAGGAGCAGGGGCUCGUUUCCUUCAGAGGGGAAGCCAACGUACAAUGAGACAGUUACACUUUGCUGAGGGACGUUCAGUGCUCAGCUGCUGCUUCCCGCUUCGCUAAUAUGUUGCUGUCUUAACGAGUCACUGACGCUGUGUUAAACACAGCUGAACUCGAUGCUCUUCAGAUCUUCGUGUCCUAGCAGACUGUAAAGUAAAGCAUUACAUUUCACACUUGUGCUCUAAUAAACUAAUGAAGGUAAAAAAUGUGGAAAAGAAACUAAAACGUGACGUUACACUGUUACUAUGGCGACUAGAUGUGGAACAAAGGCUGAGGCUGUCAAGUGACAGGAAGCAAACAUCUGGCGUGUCCGAGUUGAAGGCGGCGGCGUUCAACAGAAACAGUUCUGUUGUUUUAAUCUAACUGACAUGUAGUGAAGUAACUAGUAAAAUGAAAUGGUGACAUUUAGUAAGCGUAAACAACAUGUAGAAACAUUACUGAGGAGGAGUUCAUCUGACCUCACUCAUCAACCUCUGGACACUGAAAGCAGACAUCAGAGGAGGCUCCUCAUUAAUCAUGGGACGUGUGAGCAGCUGAAGGACGCGCCAAUGAAAAGCAAAACAUUCUGCCUUUCCUUGUUGUUGAAUGAAUAGUAAAAGGUUUGAAAUGACCAAACUACACUCCACCUUAAACACAGCACAAACAGGAAGCCAGGUGAGUCCGUCAUCAGAGAGGUGGCGGUUGGUCACCUGGGCUCUUAGCAGCAGUGAGUGUGGAACCAGUGUGUCCAGUCGCACAAUGUGUUGCCACAGCCCAGAGAUCCCAGUAUGUCGAAAGCAGCCCACAAAAAGAGGAAACUCAGCUCUGCUCUAAUUAUAGUAAGAACUGGGGCGACAGUCAUUGAAGUCCUCCUACAUCCAAGGUCCAUUCAGCUUGUUCUGGCUCUGUCACCAUGUGAUAAAUGCACACACACAGUUGUGUUCAAAGGAACAGCAGUUCAGCAAUGACUAAGCAGAUACGUCCCGAUUUUUGUAGAAGUUAAAUGACGUGAAUGUUGCUGAUCCUGUGAAAUUAAAUCCUUCAUUGAAAACAGAGUGCUAUUGUUAUGAAGCAGCAGCCCAGCCCCCUGUUAACCUAAGAAAACUUGAGAUGACUCUAAAAAUGCAAAACCAAGAAAUUCAGAGGAACUGUGGAUUAUAGUCCAAUUGUCUGAUGAUGGAACAGUUGAGGCUGGAAGAUUCCAUGCAACACAGAUGUGACUCCAUCCCCAAAAUCAUGGUUAGACAGCUAAAUAUUAAUUCAGUGACCCACAAGAUGCUAAACCUCUUUAGUUUAUACAGCAAAUACUGAGUUUGUA